AAUAUCAAUACUUUGAACGGAGGAAUGAUCUUUUUUACAAAUAUAUAGACUACAUUUAUAUUUUAUUUUGGAUGAUUUCAAGACUUACAAGCUGUAAAAGCACUCGGAUACCUUUAUCCGACAAGAAGAUGCUGACACUCCUAUGAAGGUCAUGGUAAUCGAACAAGAUGUACAGAGCUUAUAAACGUGAAGAAGACCUAAAGGUGAUUGGUUCCGUACUAAACCAGCGGCAGGUCAAGCCAAAUGUAACUGAACAAAGAGAGGGACACGAGCAGGCUGUCGGCGCUGGGAGCCAACAUGUUGCCACCCGAAAUGGGAGCUCAGGUGUCGGAACUGUCGCGCCGGGCACAGCGCCUGGAUGCCCAUCCGAUGUUCAGCCUGUCAUCACAGGUCAGAGUGCAUCAAAGAAGGAGAUGACCCCGGAACAAAGGGAAAAAAUAGAGGAAGAGAAAAAGAAAUGCAACGAUCUCCUGAAGCAAAUCGACGAAAUUGAAAAAAUGUUAAGAGGGAGUUUAAAAACUGUGGACGGACAGGCGAAAAAGGCGGCGCUCGGUAACGAGGUUGUUGGCGGGAACAUGGGUGUUGAGUGCCCUCCGUCUGCAAAGAUCGUCCGCAUUUUCACCAGCAGUACAUUCACAGAUACAAAGCAUGAAAGGAAUAUGCUGAUGAAAUACGCCUACCCGAAAGUAAAGGAGGUUUGCCGAAAAUUGGGAUACGAAUUUCAGGUGGUUGACAUGCGGUGGGGAGUGCGGGACGAGGCGACGGACGACCAUAUGGGCACCGAGCUGUGUCUCAAGGAGCUCGCCCUCUGCCGGAAACUGUCCACAGGGCCAUCGUUUGUAUCGCUGUUGUCACACAAGUACGGGUACACGGCCUUUCCCCGGGUGAUCGAGGCGGGAGAGUUCCAGACGCUCAUGGAACACGUCACGGAUGCUGACACCAAGACACUCUUCGACAAGUGGUACCGGCUCGACGACAACAAUGUCCCGGCCUCCUACGUUCUCUCGUCCAUCAGCACGAACCUGCCAGACUUCAUCAGCACAGACCGCGAAAAACAGAAGGUCGCCAAGCAGCAGUGGUGGGAAGAGAGCGGAAAGAUGCAGGACUGGCUGGACGCUGCGGCCCGGGCAGCCUUCGACCAUGAACGCGCCAGGAAGUUCAUCAUGUCAGUAACGGAGACGGAAGUGGAAGAGGGGCUCCUAACAGCGACCGGCGACGCGGUCAAGUGCGCCCUCUGGCUCAAGAGGGACAUCGACGACAUUGAGAACCAGGAGAAAAACUACGCAUUGUCCAGAUAUAUGGAGUGCCUGGGUCCUACAGAGAAGGUUGAAAGGGCCCAGCGAAUGUUGCGAGAGCUUAAAGAACAGCGAAUGCAGAAGGUUCUCUCCCCUGACCAGAUACUCAACUACCACGUUACAUGGUCCGGGGGAAUCGACCCGGACGCGAAUGCCGCCCACCGGAAAUACCUGGAUUCGAUGUGCGAGGAUUUUGUACGCAACAUGGUGUCCUUGGUGGAACAGGCAGUGAAGGCUAAGAAUAUCACGCACGGUGCACUGCCGGAAGAGAUCCUGCAGCACGUGCGCAUGUGCCAGGCCAAGUGUGAGACUUUCCAGGGCCGUGAGGAAAUACUCGAAAAAAUCAAGGCGUACGUGACAGACACAGGCAACACGAAGCCACUGGUGCUGCACGGCGCUAGCGGGACCGGAAAAACGUCCAUCAUGGCCAUGGUCGCCAAACAGGCCCGAACCUGGCUCAACAAUAAUAAUGCAGUCGUCAUGCUCAGGUUCCUAGGUACGACUCGGUUCAGUUCCUCCGUGGUUCCACUCCUCUACUCCUUACUCAGCCAAAUUAUACGGGUAUUCGGGCUGAAAUCCAUCCAAACCUCUCAGGUAUUAGAGCUGCUUAAGAUGCGAUUCAAACUGACGCUCAAAGCGGCAAAGCCCACCAAGCCUCUGGUGCUCAUAAUCGACUCCCUGGACCAGCUGGACACCGCCCACGGGGGCCGCCGCCUCGCGUGGCUCCCGGCUGUCUUGCCGCCUCACUGCAAGAUCAUCGUCUCCACCCUCCCAGACGACAAGUAUGAGGCAUUUCCCGCAUUCAAGACUCUGGUACCGGACGAGGGUCAGCAUGUUGGGGUGCCGGACUUGGGAGAAGGUGAGGCACGGACCAUCGUAACAGCCUUACUGGAGGGUCGGAACCGCCGCCUCACACACGCACAGACGGAUAUCCUCCUUAAUACCUUUAAACAAAACCCGACACCGCUCUUCUUGAAGCUGUGUGUGGAGGAGGCAAUAUUGUGGCGGUCGUUUGACGCCGGGGAGCGGACGGUGCUUGAGACCACGGUCCGGGCGGCCGUCACUAGCCUAUUUACACGUCUGGAGAAGAUGCACGGGAAAAUGUUGACCAGCAGGGCGCUCGGAUAUCUCACACUCGCGCGUAAUGGAAUAACGGAAUCUGAGUUGGAGGACGUGUUAUCUUGUGACGAUGACGUGCUAAAUGACGUAUACAUGUAUUGGACCCCGCCCAUGCGGAGACUGCCGCCACUUCUCCUCGUCCGGGUGCGGACGGAUAUAGACCAGUACAUCGCUGAGCGGGGAGCGGACGGGUCGCGCGUGUUGUGCUGGUACCACCGCCAGUUUAUCGAAGCGGCCACGGACCGCUACUGUAGCGACCCGGAACAGACCAAGGUCAUGCACGCCAACCUCGCGGACUUCUUUAAUGGAACCUGGGCAAACGGCCGGAAGAAGGCCUACACGAAUGCUAGUGGACAGCACCUGGAGGAGGACCGGAUGGUGAGCGAUCAGCCCCUGCGUUUCGGGGAGAAAGGGGAGUUCAACCUGCGGACGCUCAACAACCUCCCCUACCACCGGAUGUGGGCGGGGCAGCUCCAGCUCCUCAAGGACGAGUGUCUCGCAAACAUCAAGUUCGCCGUCACCAAGCUGCAGGCACAGCCAGUAGAGAACUUCCUGGACGAUUACAUUGCGGCUACAUCGCGAUUCCCUGAUGACGAGCUGUUACAGGAAGUGCUCCAAGCACUGCUGCUCUCCCGCAAGGGGAUGCAGACGGACCAAGUCCAGUUCGUCCCACAGCUACUAGGGCGACUCGCUGACUCGCCGGCCGUGUCGGAGUUCAAGGCGCGUCUGCGGGCGUAUGAUGAGCAGCCAUGGUUAGAGCCGCACCUGGACAUUCUGGAGCGCCCAGGCGGUCAGCUAAUUCACUGCUUUAGUGCUCAUGGUAGCGAUGUCGAUAUGAUUGACAUGUCCGCGGAUGGAAUGUACGUCGUCACAGUGUGUCAAUCUGAAAAGCGUGUAAAGAUAUGGGACAUGAUGUCGGACCCACCACGCCUUCUACGGGAGGUGACGGGAAAAGCCCAGUGCACGGCUGCCUACUUCUGCCAGGGGGACACAUGCGUCGUAGCCGAGGCCGGCAGCACCAUACACGUGGAGGAAGUCAAAACGGGCAAACUAUGUGCCAAAUUCCCCUACCCUGGGGGCAACACGUCCAAGACAUUCUGUGUUGCGGGACCAAAUAAGGGGCUGGUGGUGACCUUCAACCGGAAUCAAUGUCUCGUCAACGACAUAGAGACACAGACGUGUACACACACACUCGACUCCCAGCUUACAUUCGGCUCCGUGAGCUACCCUGUUGCCAGCAACACAGCUCUAGCGGUGUGCGAUGCGAACCAAUAUUUCAUAACCGUCCUUGACCAUAAGACGUUCCAAUUUAUUCCACCAUUCCGUGGUUUUGAGAAGAUCCCCACAGAUGACGGUGAUUUCGAUGAGCACGAGGUCGAGGCUAUCUCCAUACACCCGGACGAGACCCACCUCAUGUAUACAACAUUGUUCACCAGCGAGAUCGUCUUCGCAGAUUUCCAUGGCAACCGACUACGCUCCAUUCCACCAAACGAACAACUGUCAUUCAAUCACUUGGGCUUUGACGGAGAUGGGAAACAUUUCUGGGUCACAAACAACAAUUUUGUGAUUUUCUACGACACAGCAUCAUUACUGGAGAUUGACCGGCUCGAGCAUAAGAGCGACAUAAUUGGUGUGCGGACGACCGACUCACUGAACGUGGUCACCAUCUCGGAGGACAGCAACCUGCGCGUGUGGGACCGCCGCCGACAGAAAGUCACCUCCACCACGUGUGUAGAGCCGUUCACACCAAUCAAGAAAUACAGUACCCCUGUUGCCCUGCCGUACCAUGGCUACAUAUUUGUACACGGGACCGCAAGUGGAAGCAGUAACGAUGACGUCAUCCUAGGCGUGUAUGACGUUGGACAGAUGAAAUACGUGAAACUCAGAACGUUUGUCGGUUUGGAUGGAAUACGCAAGUUUUACCCAUUGGAUGAUCGGCGCCUCAUUCUGGGUUACAACCGGAAACUGCACGUCCUUGAUCUUGAUACAAUGACAUUUCCCGUGACCUUGCAAGGCAUCCAUGACAGUAACAACAGUGUGUUUGCGUCUGGGAAGAACAGGUUAUUGUGUUGCACGCGAGGAGGACAUCAUUUGAAGGCGUACACAUUGGACAGUGGGAAAGUUGACUUCAUCAUCAAAACCACGGAGAAGAAGGUGGCACAGGAAUUAAAGGUGAAUGAGCCAGGGACAGUGGCCGCCAUCUCCUACGAUGAGGGGCCCAUCCUGGUAUUUGAUCUGGUCAAUAGGGCUGUAAUAUGUACCAUAGGUACUGAGAAGUACGGGGAGUAUUUCGGGACGUACCUGUGGCUGGACGAUGCUGGAAGCAGGCUGUUCUUCAGUGCCGACAUGGCGAUAGACCAGGCCAUCAAGGAAGACGUAGAACAUCUCAUUGCCUGGGAUGUGAAGGAAAAUCGCGAGUUGUUCCGAAUGUUUGACUUAGAAGGCCAACGUCGGCACCAGCUCAAGAAGAAUGACGAAACUACGGCAAUAGAGGACGUAUUCCCAUUGGACAAGAGCCGCAUCAUCACGCCAUGCUAUGACAACGUGUGUCGCAUAUACGAUAUACAGACAGGGAAGCUGCUUUCCCGGCUGGAGGGCCACAGGACGUCGGUGAAGAUGGCGCUGUGUCCGCGCGCCCCCUAUAUUGUCACGUACGGCUGUUUCUCGGAGGAGGAUUGCCUCAUGCUGUGGGACAAGGUCACGUAUGCUCGGGUCGCGACCUACAGCCUGGAUAGCGAGAUGGACAAGGCGUACUGGAGCGAUGACGGGUCGUAUUUCUACAUGACGAGUAACGGUAUACGGGACGGACGAGCGGAGGCGGGGGUGGUGCGAUGGACUGUGAAUUACGGGGACGCCCACAUGGCUGGAAGGGUACCGGAGGCCGCGCCGCCAAUAUACAAUGAAAGAGUGGAGUUUCCUCCUAUUAACUUUACCGGCUCGCCGAAAGUGACGAAAGACUACACUCCCGAGGCCGACGACCCCGACACUGACGAAGAGAUCUUUAGUGACUCUGAUGAGGAUAAUGAUGACGACGAUGAUGAAAAUGAUGAUGACGAGGAGGGGGCAGUGAACUGAAAAUCAAUUGACUUAAGACUGCUUUUUUAAUACCACAUUUAAGUCAUAGGAAAAUAGAAUCAAGUGGCUAGAAAUAACAUAUUAAGAGUUUAUUUUCGUGGAUAUCAAUAACUGAUAAUCAUUUUCAUAACAUACUGGUGACAUUGCAAGUUGACCGAACUUGUAAGGUGUGUCCAGCAUUUUUGUAUAUCUGGCAACAUGUUUAUCAAGUUGCAAUUGCUCGUCUUGGGGCACAGCAACGACGUCGACAACUUCAACAGAACUUCCCUGAUUACCUUGUAUAUAUUAUUGUUUUCUUUCUUUUUGAUAAACAGACCCGCUGAAAUGUUUUCACAUGCUAAACCUUGUUUCCAGGUUAAUAUAACGAUCGUUAAUUUUUCUGAAUAACACACGUGUAGUCUAAUAAUAUCACUCCGGUGUGUUUGUAAACAGUUUAACUGGAAAUAAUUGCUUAUUGGUAAUAUUUCAGGUAAUCAUACUUUAUUUUCUCAUAUUUUAAGAUAAAGAGUUGUUCGAUUAAAGAAGUUCAUUUUCCAUAAAACUCACCAGUUGCACACGUGAUAUUUUCUCUUUGAUUUUAUGAAAUUCAUUCUUCAAACAUUCAUCACUUUCUGUUUUUAAAACUGAAAUGACGCCAUGAACAUGUUACAAAAUGAAUUUAUAGUGUUUAUGCUGUGACUAUUACUGGAUACCAUCUAAAUAUUCAAGUUUCUUUGAAAUGAAAUGGUACUACAUUUUUGAAAUGCAUGUAGCGUGGGAAAUGACAUUGCUUUGUGAGUGUGGGGUAUUCGGCUGCUCAUGAGAUCAUGAGCUCAGAUAGAACAGGUAGGUCUGUUUGGUUAUGUGAUAAAAGAAUCUGACAUUUGUCGCCAAAUUAUACACAAUUAUAUUCAAUUAGUUUACUUACAAAUUCCCAGAACUCGUUGAGUAAAGGUGUGUUCUAUAUGGCGAUUCUUGAGAUAUCAUACAUGUAUAAAGCGGGUAUAUUCAAUGAUUGACAUAAAAAUGACUUUUCCGCUAGUACCUUGUGGAAAGAGAUGAGGUUAUUAUUAGGGUCAAUGUUUAGGGUCGUCUCUAUUUUUUUUCUUUUUGUUCACUUACGCAACAUACACUUGUUUUUCGAAUAUUUUGUCAACAUUAUUUCAAUGUCAUUUAUUUAAAUCUUCAGUUGUUAUAGGCUGGCUGUCCACACUUCAAACGUGUGCAGUUUUCAAAGCCACCGUCAUUUUUAGUUGGAAAUGUUAUCAUUUUCUUAAUGCUCACAUAUGUCAACAACUUAUUUUAAAAGACCGUAUAAUUUAUUCGUUUGAAUACCAUAAAAUGCUCAUAUUUAUAUAUAUAUUUUGAACAUAAACUUUAAGACUUGGAUAUGUUUUCGGUUUUUAUAGUAUUGUUAUCAUAUAGAAGAUUGAAACUGUGAUAUUAUUUGUUAAUAUAAUUUAUAUUUAGAUUAUUCCGCAGAUUGUUAAUAAA